AGAGAGAGAGAGAAGAGAACACCGCAGAGUACGCUGAGAAAAUCAAAUACACACUCAUACACGCACCCAGGGAACACCAGUCACUGCCCACUCGUUUUCUGUUCCCUCUGUCAGUCGCUUCUGAGCCUAACACCUCCCCUCCUCUCCCGUUCACACCCUGGAGCUUCUUCUCUAGCAGUUUUCCUAAUAAGGAAAGGAUAAAAAAACAGGAACAGAUCCCUCUCUCCAGCCGCCUGUGAUUCUUCAGGAGAAGAGAAGGUGGAAGAUGGUGGAAGCAAGGCCCAGGCGGACUCUACGAUGGCCAGAUUGGCGGCUGUCUGUUUGCCUGCUGCUUUUCUGUAUGUUUGGGAACACGGUGGGCCGCAAAGCUCCCAAAACCCCACGAUGUCCAACCACCUGCUCCUGUACCAAAGACAGUGCCUUCUGUGUGGACACCAAAGCCAUUCCCAAGAGCUUCCCACCAGGAAUCAUCUCCCUGACUAUGGUGAACGCUGCCUUCACAGAGAUUCCUGAAGGAGCUUUUUCCCACAUGCACCUACUGCAGUUCCUGCUGUUGAACUCAAACACAUUCUCUCUGAUUUCUGAUGAUGCUUUUGCUGGUCUUGGACACCUGCAGUACCUAUUUAUUGAGAACAACGACAUCCAAGCCCUGUCAAAGCACACAUUCAGAGGACUGAAGUCUUUGACACAUCUGUCUCUAUCCAACAACAACCUGCAGGUUCUUCCCAGAGAGCUCUUCAAACACCUGGAUAUCCUCACAGACCUAGACCUGCGAGGGAACUCGUUCCGUUGUGACUGUAAGAUCAAGUGGUUGGUUGACUGGAUGGAGAAGACCAACACCUCCGUUCCAGCCAUAUACUGCGCCAGCCCUUUUGAGUUCCAGGGUCGACGGAUACAUGACCUCACACCACGUGACUUCAAUUGUAUAAGUGCAGAUUUUGCAGUAUAUGAGAUAUACUCAUUCCAGUCUCUGUCUGUGGAGUCAUACGAGUUUAACAAUGACCAGUACAUAGUUUUCGCUCAGCCCAACACUGGAAUCUGCACCGUGUUCAUUUGGGAUCAUGUGAACAUGCUUUUCAAGACACAUUACAACAUCACAUCUCGUUCUGCGGUCUACUGUAAGCCUGUGGUUAUCAACAACACUCUCUACAUGGUUGUGGCUCAGCUCUUUGGAGGAUCCCACAUCUACAAAUGGGAGGAAGGACCAUUGCGUUUCGUCAAAAUCCAGGACAUCGACACCACUCGUGUCCGUAAACCCAACUUCAUAGAGACUUUCCAGAUUGAAGGGGACUGGUACUUUGCUGUAGUCGACAGCUCCAAAGCCGGAUCCACCAGCCUGUACCGCUGGAACAGUAACGGCUUUUACUCGCACCAGUCUCUCCAUCCCUGGCACAGAGACACUCACAUCGACUUCCUCGAGGUGGACGGCAAACCUCGUCUCAUACUCUCAAGCAACUCGCAGCCCCCGGUGGUGUAUCAGUGGAACCGCAGCCAACGCCAAUUCGUCUACCACUCGCAGAUCACUGAUUCAGGCGAUGUACAGAUGGUGAAGCACUUCUGGAUACGAAAAGUGCUGUAUCUCUGCCUCACGCGCUUCAUAGGAGACUCGAAGAUCCUGCGCUGGGACAACCAGCGCUUUGUGGAGAUUCAAACGCUGCCGUCACGUGGCUCAAUGGCCGUGUAUCCGUUCAGCGUUGGAGUGAGGCAGUACCUUCUGCUGGGGAGUGAUUAUUCGUUCUCUCGGAUUUAUCUGUGGGACGACCUCACUCAAAGGUUCCAGCCCUUUCAGGAACUGAACAUGCUUGCGCCUCGAGGAUUCAGCCUGGUCUCCGUUGACAAUAAGGAUAUUCUGUUAGCGGCCAGUUUUAAAGGAAAGACCAUGGCGUACCAACAUCUCGUGGUGGACCUCAGUGCCAAAUAGGCUCCUGGAGACGUUUUACUGGGGAUUGCAAGUGCUUAAAGUGCCCCUAUUAUGCAAUUUGAAAGGUUCCUAAUGAUGUUUUAGAGGUCUCCUACAACAGGUUUGCAUGCAUCAAAGGUCAAAAAACACUAAUUUUCUCAUAAUACACAUGGCACAUCACCACAUUUUUCAAUGUCUCUAAAUCCUUCCAAAUGCCCUUUACAGAACUGACUCAGCUCCGAAAGCUUCCUAAAAUUCAGCGAUUGUACACACUGUAAAGACAGUAACGAUGGGGUCGAUUUUACCAUACCAAUCCAAGCACGAGUCCAAUGAUGAAACAUUGGAAGAACUAGUUAUUCAACCCGAACCUCCAUCACAAGAACGACUUGAGCAGGGGUGCGUUUCCCAAACAACGAUGUAACUCGCUGCUAAACUACCAUAGUAUGAUGCAUAGUUGAACAAAUCAACUAGCUAGUCACGACCGUUUCCCGAAACCGAAUUGUCGCAAACCUGUCGUUCAACCACGUUGGUGAAUGACGUCAUGCAGGUGGUGAGUAAUAACUUCUUUAAUAGAAUCCGUUUAAGAUCGAAUUAAUGCUAGAAUUUCUGCUAUAAAUUAUGGACAUGGCAUUAGAGGACUAAUUCUCAUUUUCCUCAGUUAUUUUACUUUAUUUCCAG